AGACAGGAAAGUACAGGAACAGUUAUCUCCCUUGAUCAGAAAUCUCAUAAAGAUAAUUCAAGCAGUUUACAGAAUCACAUGAUAACAAAUUCUAAGGGAAAACCUUAUGAAUGUGGUGUAUGUGGUGAAGUGUAUAAAUAUAGUAAUGACUUGCAUGGACACAUGAGAAAACAUACUAGUGAUAAACCUUAUCCAUGUGAAGUGUGUGGUAAAGGGUUUCGUUUGAAUAGGGACUUAAAGAGACACAGGGUAAUACACACUGGUGAAAAACCAUAUAAAUGUAAUGUAUGUGGUAAAGGGUUUAGUGAUAAAGGAAAUGUACAUCAACAUAAGAGAACGGAACAUGUUGGGGAUAAACCCUAUAAAUGUGAUAUGUGUGGUCAAGGGUAUAGUAGGAAAUCUAACUUACAGAGGCACAUAAGAACACAUACUGGUGAAAAACGUCACAAGUGUGAUGUUUGUGGUGCAAGUUUUAAUCAGAGUCAGGACUUACAGAGACACAUGAGGAUACAAACUGGUGAUAAACCCUAUAAAUGUGAUAUGUGUAGUCAAGGGUAUAGUAGAAAAUCUUACUUACAGAGGCACAUAAGAACACAUACUGGUGAAAAACGUCACAAGUGUGAUGUUUGUAGUGCAAGUUUUUAUCAGAUAAACCAUAUAAAUGUGAGGUAUGUGGUAAAGGGUUUAGUGAUAGUUUUAAUCAGUCAGGGUUUACAAAGACACAUGAAGAUACACACUGGGGAUAAACCUUAUAAAUGUGAUAUGUGUGGUCAAGGGUAUAGUAGGAAAUCUUACUUACAGAGGCACAUAAGAACACAUACUGCAUGUACCAUGUGUACUGGCGAAAAAUCUCACAAGUGUGAUGUUUGUGGUGCAAGUUUUAAUCAGUCAGGGUUUACAAAUAACACAUGAGGAUACACACUGGUGAUACAUGUAAACCAUAUAAAUGUGAGGUAUGUGGUAAAGGGUUUAAUGAUAUAGGAAACGUACAUCAACAUAGAACGGUACAUGUUAGGGAUAAACCAUAUAAAUGUGAUAUGUGAAGUUAAGAGUUUAGUAAGAAUUUUAACUUACAGAGGCACAUACAAACACAUACUGGUGAAAAACCUCACAAGUGUGAUGUUUGUGGUACAGGUUUUAGUCAGAGCCAGGGGUUACAAAUACACAUGAGGAUACAUACUGGUGAAAAACCUCAAGUGUGAUGUUUGUGGUACAGGUUUUAGUCAGAGCCAGGGGUUACAAAGACGGAUUCAGUCAAGAUAGUGAGUUACCAUGGUUACAAAGACACAAGAGAACG